AUGGCUUCCUCGCAGCAGUACAGCCGUCCAGGCCCCAGCCGCCCCAGCCGCCGUUCCAUCCCCAACUCCGAUAGAGUUUCAGAGAGCAUCGCGCGAUCCGAUACGAGUCCGCCAACGACAUCAGCGUCGCAAACCCAACGCAAUGACGAAUCAUGGGUCGAGGUCGCAUCCCAGCCGUCUUCCUCGUCUCUCUCCUCCAUAGGUGACGAGAUCGUUACGACCGGUCUGCGAGUCGGCGCACAGUCGCAUCCACACCGAAGACGGCGCUUGCAGCAUCACUACUAUCAGUCCAUGCAGCAAGAUGUCGUAAGCCGUGCUGCCGUGCAGACAGCCACAAGUAGUCAGGACGAGUGCACCGAGAGUGAGAGCGAGGACGAACACGUAUUGACUUCGUCUACUGAGAACAUGGGUGCGAGGACGGGAAAUGGACAUACUACACUACAGCGGUCCCAGACCGCUAUCGGGCCUGGCGCCGACCUCUCCGACUCAGACGACGACAACGGCACUGCUCUAGGCAGACCAUCACCGGCACAAGGCUUCCGCCCUCAGCCCAACGCCUUUACGCACCCCCCUGCUCACCUCAGCCACCGUAGCUAUUCUACGAGCUCAGCGAUACCACCUCACCACCCCGCUGCCAGGACCCAGUCCUACUCCUCCUCCCACAGGUCACACAACCGCGUCCGGGCCGGCUUCAUGUCCCCAGCCUACCAGAACAACGAAGAUGCCCUGCGUGCAUCCCUCACGACGCUUCUCUCCUGCGCCGCGGCAGCCAAAAACCUGCCCGGCAGGCGAAACGUCGCCGCCGAGCCGACUUCUGGGGAGCCGGUCAUGGGCGCAGGGGUCGGGCCAGGCAGCCAGCCUAUGGAGUUGAGGCUGGUGCAGGAGUCGGAACUGGGCCCGGUGGCCUCGCCGGUGCACGUGUCCCCUGCGCCGAAACACACGUCGCGGAUACGUCAGCCCGCGACCCGGACGACGUCCAACUCUAGCGCCCCCGUGUCCGUCUCGUCCAAGGAGGAGAAAGGAAAGCGAGCCGCCUCGACAUCGCAGCCAAAAUCCCAGCGCGCGGCCAAGAAGAAAAGGGUAUCUGCAACAGGCGUAGACGACAACACAGUGACGUGGAUAAGCCCUGCCACCUUGACAUGGGUGCUUGGUACCGGUGUUGUACUCCUGGUCUCUGUUGUAGGAUUUGGUGCGGGUUUCGUUGUUGGGCGCGAAGUCGGCCGGCAGGACAUCCUUCACACCAUAGGUGGCGGAGGCGCACCGAUGAGCCCGGGUGCAAACACGACGUCUUGUGGUGGUGAAGUGAUUCGGAGUACCAGCAGCGGGACGCUUAGAAGGUGGCGCUGGGGCUCUGGCAUGGGAAGACUCGUGAGCGCCUAG